GAUUGAGCGAUGGCCUAACAUUAUCACGAGGAAAGGAAUUGGUUGGGCCUGGGUAAUGCACCUUCUUGUUUCCGGGGGAAACGGUUGGGUGACGGACCUGGCAGAUUGUAUUAGCGAAUCCGGUUUCCAGGGGAAGUGGUUGGCUCACGGACCCUAUUUUUCCAGGGAUAACGGUUAUCACCCGCUUCUCCUUUGCUGGUAGAAGGUUUCCACUCCUUUUGGGGGAAGGCUUUGGUUGCUGGACCAGAUUCCAAGAUGCUGCAGGCUCAGGUCUCUGUGGCAGAAUCCAUGGAUGGAGAUGAGCUAAGGAGUGAGGACAGCUUUGUGGAGGAGCGGCCAUGUAUCCACUACUAUGCUUUGUAUUUGUACCAGGCUGGGAGCUUGUCGCAUGGGGCCGCAGAAAGCGAUGAUGGGUCCCCUGUGUGUACCACGCGAGAAACGCCUCCCGCUGAGGGCUUCAGCCUGUCGCUGGUGGAUACAAACCUCCCGGCUGAGUCUGAACCCGAGCUGAGGAGUUUCAUGGCUAAGCGUCUGUCUCGUGGGGCCCUUUUUGUGGGAAUGGGGAACGUUGUGUCUGUUGAGCUCAGCUUUGCAGAGGACGCUGUGGGCUGUUACUACUGCCUGUUGCGUCAGGAGCAGGCGUGCGAUCCUGGCUCUCGUCCUCCGGAAUACGUGGUCUGCUUCCUGGGAGGCCCCGAGAAAGGCCUGGAUCUGUUUAGACUGGAACUGGACAAACACGCCGAGCGGCUGAAGGCUAUACUGGACCCCCAGGCGGCCCAUCUGGAUACCCGAGUGUCGCCGCACCUCGCCGGCUGGUUUGCGGAGUCCGUGUUGCCGAUCUCCCGGGUGGUCACGCUGUUUCAGGAGAAGCUGGCUUACCUCCUGCACGCUGCACUGAGCUCCACUCCGGUAGAGGUGAAAAAUUCAGACGUAGAAACCGAGAACGACAUAUUCAGGUUCCUGAGUUCCGCCAGUCUGCACGGCCUCGUCCAGGACCACGGCGCGACGUCUCUGUGCGUCACCACGACGGAAGAACUGCACAAACCCGUGACGGUGGACUGCGGAGGGUCCCAGCCACGUCUGAUUCAUGCAGCGAGCAAUGCGUUCUGCGAGGACUGGGUGCAGGUCUUCAUGAACAGCGCUGGCGGAAACCCCUUCCUCUUUCGCCAAAAGCUGGAGAAUUUCAAGCUAAAGGUUAUUCAGGAUAUGAACAAUCUGAAACGGCUGCUUCGCCAGGCAGACACGAGCCACUACGCUCUGUUCCGCUGCUACACGUUUCUGAAGAACUGCGGGAACGGCGACAUUCUGCUGGACGUGGUGCGAGCCGAGCAGGCAGAGAACCCCGAGUCCAGCGGCGUGGUCAGCGUCCUGGAGGAGUUCAUCCGCGAUGAGGGCUUCGGCGCUCAAACUGCUUUAAGCCGCAUGAAUGCCACGUCUAAAAUCUCACACUUUGCGUGGGGAGAAUUUACACACGUGGGAAGCUCAAGCCCUUCUGCUGGUGCCCUCUGCGGGUCCAAUCCCCCACCACAGAUCCAAUGA